UAGACGGCAUACGACGCCACCCGUUUCAAUCAACGGUUGGCACUUUGGCGUGCAUUCACUCGCCGGGCACCGAUUGCAGCGAAACGCGUUGGAGCGGAAAAUCCGAGAGCUCUCGAUUGUGGGGGCUUUUUUUUUUGUGCUGGAAAGUAAAGAAAGAUUGGGACACUUUUUGUGCACGGUUGGUUUGUUCUGGAAGCACAGCACCUUGCGGUGGUUGACACACAAAGAAAAGUGUUCUACAGUUGGUGCCGCUAGCUGCCCGGUAAGGAACCCGACAGGAACGGAAAACAAUACAGCAUGGAUCCGGUGCUACUCGAGCGCGAACGCGUUCUGUUCCGGCUGAACGAGGAAAUAAACGCCAAGUCACGGGGCCUGUUCGAGCUGAACGAGAACGUCAGCUGGAUGACAACGAAGCGCCGGUUGCGCCACGGCCUGAAGAAGCUGAACAAUGUGGCGGCGGCGGCGGCGUCGGUCGUCGGGCCGGGCGAUGAGUCGUCCUCCUCCGAGCUGGGCGCUUCGAUCGAUACGACCGAUAAGGAAAGUGGAAUCGGUGGUGGAAGUGUGGGCGGCAGUGCUGCUGCCGGUGCUUCGGACGAGGACCCGGAAUGUGAGGAACGCUCGUCGGCCGUCAUCUUCGCGGUGGUGCGCGAUGGGGAGAAGGAUACGUACGGUGGAGGUGUCCAGGAACCGGCCAGCACCUUGACGACCCUCACCGAGAUUCGGUGCGACGCAAUACAGGAAGAGCGCACACGGGCCAAUAACAGUAACACCACCACCACCAACCAGCAGCUGCAGCUGGUGAAGGUCACGACCGUUUCGGUAGAGCGCAAGGUAAGCAAUGGCCAGCGGGGCAGUGGUAGCGGUGGUGGUGGUGUAGGCGGUGGCCCCGGUCCGGGUGGUGGAAUGCUGAUCGCAAGCAAAUCGGUGACAUCGGCCGGGACGACGGCUCGCAAUCUCAGCAAAAACAUGGCCGACGUCGUACCGAAGGUGCUGGAGAAGAAGAACAUCAGCUCGGAGGGACUGAUCAAGUUUCUCAAGUCCAAAGUCGCCAUCCUUCAGACCGAGCUGGAAGCGAGCCAGAAGCAGAACGAGGCGAAUGUCAAGGAUCUUAAUUUGGCGCUCGAUCGGUUGAAGCAGCUCGAGGCGGUGAAGGAACAGCUGCUGACGAAGAAUGGGGCGCUCGAGCGCACGGUCAAGAAGUACGAGGAGCGCAACGUGGAGCUGGACAAACUGCUAAAGGAAAAGGACGCCCAGCUGAACGUCUCGGCGAAGGAGCUGUACGGUGCGCGGUCCGAGAUACGCAACCUUGCCAACCACAACCAAACGCAGGACCGGCGGCUGCUCAAGGCGCAGGAGGAGGUCGAAAGUUUGCGCAUCAAGCUGAGCAUUGCGAACGACUCGGAAAAGGAAACACGGGACGCCGCCCGACAGGAACGGCUCACGUACGAGAAGCAGAUUCGGCAACUGCGCAAACAGCGCACCGAGGUGCUGGCCGACUACAAGAAGCUCCUGCUCAGCGUGGACCAGCUGAAGAAGCAACAGUUCAACCAGGAACAGUCGAAGCAGAUGAACGAUUUCGAGCAGGACUAUCUGCGGCAUCUGGACGGGGCGGCAACAUCACCACCACCACCACCACCACCGAGGUCGUCAGUGCAGUAGGGCCCCGUUGAGUGCGAGUUCGAGCUUCGAUAAUAAAGUAACCCUUGCAUAGAUUCCUCUGUUAUGCCUUCGUA